CUGGGCCCUCUCUGUCGCACGGCUAACGCCCGGGUCGUCGACGGGAGAGACGGUGUGCGAGAGGAGCACGAUUUUUCCUCCCUCGGCGAGAGCGACGUCGUCGCGGCGGAAGGGAAAUCGAGACGGCACACGGAUGGGCACGUCCACCGCGUGAGAAGGGAUGCUCUGCGUGAUUCCACGGAGGUAGCCGGCGUUGCAGAGCUCGCAUCAGGAAGCAGACGGAGACGGAGCGCGUAGAAGGGGAGGAGGAGGAGGAUGGGCAUGUACGUGACCGGCGUGAUCGGCGUGGUCGUGUUUUACAUCGCGGUGCUGGCCGUCGGCGUAUGGGCCGCCGCGUUCAAGAGAAGGCAGGCCGCGCAGAACCACAUGCAGGAUGACAUGAUGCUGGCGAAUCGACGCCUCGGCCCCCUGCUCGGCGUCUUCACCCUUAUCGCAACAUGGGUUGGAGGAGCCUUCGUCAACGGGACCGCCGAGGCUAUGUUUACGAAGGGUCUGGCCUGGUGUCAAGUACCCAUCGGGUACAGCCUCAGCCUGAUUUUCGGCGCCUUGCUCUUCGUGCGUCCGAUGAGGAAAGCCCAGUACGUGACGAUGCUAGAUCCCUUUCAAGAACGAUACGGCGCGGGCAUCGGAGGCUUGCUCUUCCUUCCGGCGCUGUGCGGCGAUCUGUUCUGGUGCGGCGCCGUCCUGAGGGCGCUGGGAAGCUCUCUGGCCGUCGUCGCCGGCGUCGACCCGAACAUCAGCGUUUGCGCGUCCGCGCUCCUGGCGGCCAUAUACACGGUCUUCGGCGGGUUGUACUCCGUGGCGUGCACCGACGCCCUACAACUGCUGUGCAUUCUAUUGGGUUUAGUGAUAGCCGCGCCGUUUUCCAUGUUCCAUCCUGCGGUGUCAUUCGAGAACAAUCUGACGCCGAAGGACUGGCUGGGACACGUGAAGAAUGAGGACCUGGGCGAAUGGGUGGACGGUAUGCUGCUGCUGGUGUUCGGCGGUAUACCUUGGCAGGGUUACUUUCAACGAAUCCUGAGUAUUAAGAGCACCUCCGUGGCAACGACCCUAUCAAUUGCCUCGAUGUUCGGUUGCCUGAUACUCGCGGUGCCAUCGGCCGUGAUUGGGGUGGUCGCUCGUGCCACCGAUUGGACCAUGGUCGCAGGCUACAACAAGACCUUCACCACGGACGACGGAAACGCCGCGUUGCCGAUGGUCCUGCGGUACCUCACGCCCCAAUGGGUGUCUUUCGUCGGUCUCGGCGCGAUCUCGGCGGCGGUGAUGUCCUCGGCGGACUCCAGUAUACUCGCCAGUAGCUCCAUGUUCACCAGGAACGUCUACAAGCUCACGAUACGGCCGAAAGCGUCCGAGCGCGAGCUGAACUGGGUCUUGAGAAUUUCCGUGAUCGCAGUUUCCAUACUGUCCACCCUCGUCGCCCUCACGGUCAGCAGCGUUUACUACCUUUCGUACUUGUGCUCCGAUCUCGUUUACGUCGUUCUGUUCCCGCAAUUAUUAGCCGUUAUACAUUGGCCUACUAUGGUGGAUACCUACGGCUGUUUGGCGGGAUAUUUCAUCGCUAUUGUCCUGCGUUUCGGUGGUGGUGAACGAGGACUCGGCAUACGCCCGCUGAUCGAAUACCCGUUCUACGACACGAAGAUGCGCACCCAGAAGUUUCCCUUCCGCACCGCCGUCAUGAUAAUCGCCCUGUUCACUCAGCUCUUCACCAGCUUCCUCGCCAGAACGCUGCUCGGCAAAGGAUACUUCCCGCAAUGCUGCGACGUGCUGAACAUCUACACGCCCACGAGGUCCAAGGAGUCGGGCGUCGUACAAAGCAGCUCGGGCGCCGCUCUUAUGGACUCCUCUUCGAAAUCGACGUCGGGCAUAGAUUCCUGCGACGGCGUCAGCACGUGCGUCUACGACGACGAGAGAACCUGCUGCCACGAGGACGGUAGCGCGACGACGACCGGCGACCACGCCGAGCUGUCCAAGGUGAAGAGCAUGGGGGUUGCGUCGAUCGCGCAGCGGGUGAUCCUGCAAAAUCCCCGAAGCGCGAUGCCUACGCCGGCGCGGCACGUCUCAAUGGCGAGCCCACUGUACACGCCGAUACCUCCGACCGAGCAGAUCCUCGGGGUGAGGAAUCUGCGUAGUCCCGUGGGUCCCCAGGGAACCGUUACCGUGCUCUCGCCCACCCGGUCUAUUGGCAUCCCGGCGACUCCGAUCGCCCCCUGCGCACCCUCUUACGCCAAGGUGGGCUGCGAGCUCGGGCCGAGCCACGAGAAGCCGCGGAACAGCACGGGGCAGGAUAGAGUUAACAUCGUCGACAGGAACAACGUGGAGUACAGCAGUAACUUAAACGCUCCGGAGAACCCGCCCGCCAGCGUCGGGCCCAGGAAGUGCGUGAAGGGCGUGAAGCUCGUCGGCAUGGAGGGCGGCGGCGGCAUGUUGCGAAGACCGUCGCUGCAGCUUCCGGUACAUAGUUCCCACGAGACGACGUUCUGUGUCGCGUGCCCUCAGAGCACGUUCUCACCGACGCCGUCAGUGGAGCUGGUCAACAUUCUGGACAGGAGACAGAGCACCAGCUCGUACGGGCCAGGCUCUCUGUCCCCCGUGCCGACGGUGCCAGUGGAGGCAUGCAAGACCCAUGGUACCGCGAGUGACGGACAGACCGGGAACGAGCAUUGCAAGAUCAAGAGAGGCAUCGUGCGACAUCACAGUUUCAAUGAUCCGAGCGACCGAGCGUUGACGACGCUCGCCAAACAGCCAAUUUAUCCAUCGAUGCCACUAAGGCCGGAGGACGGUCGCAUGACAUUAGCAAGGAAGGACAAGCGCCUGGCCACUAUAGGCAGGCACUCGUCGAUGAACGAAGCGGAGCUCAGCAACCCGAGCAGCCUGUCCCAUCUUGUCAGUCCCACUUUCACCAUGUACAGUUCCGCCGCGAAGAGCUCUAAUUAUUUCGUCACCGAUGACGAGGCCGUCAGCAGGUUCUAAAACGGUGUCUCGUCACUAUGAUCACCAAAACCGAAUACUUGUGGAUUUGCUUGAAAGGAGUGCAAAGGUCGAAAUCGGCACGUUCGGCUGAUGCAAAAGGUUCAUUCGUUUUUUUUUUCCCUUCAUUCGUCAACUUACGUUUUUUUCUUUAGAUGAGAGAUAGCGAGUAAAAUUAAGAGUAGGUAAUUUUGUAAUGGAGGUGGCAUUGGAAAAUUUUCUCUUCUAGAGGAAAAAAUUAAGAGCAACGAUGGCUACUUUAACUAUAAAAAAAAACACUGCGUACAGUUUCAAUAUUAUUCAUAUCAUGUAGAACAAACCUGUUACAAAACCUUUUGCAUCAGCUACCUGUUACGUCCCUAUUCUAACUAAGGCUUGAAAACCGUGAAACAACAAGGACAAUCAUAAAACCCGCCCCGUCACUCUCUCGGUGUGCUCAAUCUUGUAAUUCUGUUUGUUGUACGACGGACUCUAUUUAGAACUACCACAAAUUUAUACAGAAUUUAUGCAGAAAAGAGAUAUAAAUAUAUAUAUGUAUUGUGAAAUUGGGAUUUCUCUCUUAAUCGAUGAGAUGGUCAGUAUAUGCCACCAUGUGAAUAGAAUUUGUAUUACUGAGCGUUUUGUAUUACAGACUCGAGGCAAUGCAUAACACGCUCGUAUAUUUGUGAUAAUUUACGUCCUAUGAUCUCUGUUACCUGCUAUAUUAUCGUAUUUCUUGGUUGAGUAACAUUCAUUAUUCAUGAACAACCGAGUUGAUGAAGGAAAUGUUUUAUAAGCGUUAUGAAAUUACUUUAGAGCAGGAAGUUAUUACAUACACUCAGAUAAGAAGUAAAGGAUUAAUUUUACAAUAUUAAAGUGUUUUAUUUGUCUACGUAUCUUUUAAAUAAAAAAUUAAAAAUAUUAUAACGGUGUUCGAGUGUGACGCUAGUCGAUUUUAGAAAUACAAAAAAUAUUAAGGUAUAUAGAAACUUUUGAUGAACGCUAUGAUGAACACGCAUUUACACAUCCUUCAUUCACUUGCUCCUUCUAUAUGAUAUUAAGAAUGAAGGCAUGAGUUUCUUUCGUUAAGUGGAAUUACAACGAAUUGUUGAGAAUUUAAUGUGUAAUUAUGAUUUCGUGGAAAAAUGAUUUUUGGAUUCAAUAUAAUUCUUUUAAAUCAUACUGCAUCUAUAUGUACCGUUGUAUAUGUGUUUUGUUUUGUAAGUGUUUUUUGAUGUUUGUCGUAUUUUUUAUGUAUGUAAAAGUAGUACCAGACGUCCUUUCUCGCGAACAAACAAUUUCUUGUUACUUUGAUUAUAUCAAGGACAUUUCCUUAAUCAAUUACAACAUUUGUACAUUAUAUAUAUAUAUAUAUAUAUAAUGUAGGACUCUAGAAACAGUAUUUUAUAUAAUUCGUAGGAAUCCAAUCUUACCAAUCUUCAGACUGACAACUAUGUACGGAACCAAUAGUUCAUAGGUGAUGUAACCAAUUUUGUAAACCACAGAAAUCUCCUAUUUCGCAACAUUCCAUUUAAAAUAAGACAAAAGGCGAUCUCUUAUUUCGUUUAGAAAUCAAGAGGCUCGGCCGACUCGUAAUAAAUAUUAAAAAAAUUUUUGUACAUACACAAGUAUACACCUAAUGUAUAUAUACGUACACACAAUCGAAAAGAAUUUUCGACGCACAUUUAUAACGAUUUUAAAUUUUUAACAUGACCCAGUUAAUUAUUAGUAAUAAAGUAACAAUACCUCUCUAAGGAUAGACAUGUAACACUUAUAUUGGAACGGCUGAAAAUAUGAUGUCAAAGACGAGAGAACUGAUGAAAUAUGUGUGGUUUGACAAAAAGCUCCAUAAAAUUUAAAGUAUGCUACGAUAUACCACCUGAAAUAAUUUCAAAUAAUUACGUUUUAAACGGCCGAAUAAUAGCAAAAUAAUUCCAAAAUGUAAUAUAAUUUCAGCAAAAUAAUUGCAGAUUGCAAUAUGACCGUGGAUGCCUAAAGUAUAAUUGGAUUUUAAAUUAUAAUCAUAAUUUUAUGUUUUGUCUGGGUUUAUAUUUUAUGUUUUAUACGAAAAGCGGCGCAUUUCAGUUUAUGAUAUAUUAAAUAUAAUUUACGUAAUAUCAAUUCGCCUUUGAACCGCUUUUUUCCAUUUUUCUCGCCUAUGACAUAUAAUACGCAGCUUGACAUUAUAGUAAAAGAAUAAAUCUCUUGCAAUACGCUCGAUAUGACAUCGAGUGUAAUGUAUACUGGAAAAGAAUGUAUUUACUAUUUCCCUUUUGGUUUAAUUCGAAAGGGAGAAGGAAGAGAUACGAUUCAAUAAGCGUGUCUUGAGAAAAAUGCUGCAAGCUCCGUCAAGCGGAUCGGCAGAGCUUGCACCGUUGUAUGAACAACGGAACGUCCAAAGAAUGUGUCACGUGCAAAUUUAUAUGCCAACAAGAAAGUACGAUAUUUUUCCACCGAUAUAUAUCCUAGCUCCGUAGUAUUGUAUAGCACAACACACAAGUAUAUAUUGUACAAGUAUAAUUAAAAAUGCGGAUUAAAACUUGUGAGUGAUUCACACUGGGAAAAAAGUUGAUAACUUAACUAAACUUUUUCCAACUUGAUAAAAUUUUUGCAAUUCAAGUAUUUGCAUGUUUAACUUAAAUGCAUGAAAAUACUUUGGAUUGAGGAAAUUUAAGAAAUUUUCGAGUAAAAGAAUUUUUAUAAUAGUUAAGUCCCCUCGACUUUUUUUUCAGUUUACGUCACAUUAGCGAGGAACGCCCUCCUCAAGCUCAAUAAUGUAUUUAGAAGAAACGAAUACGAAUAAUAAUUAGAGGUAAUCGCUUGAUAUAACUAGCGCGACACUUUUAUAUUGUAAAAGGAACUUCAUACAUAGCGAAAAUACUUUUUCCAUCGCCCGGGCCAAUUGGAAAGCAGCAUGAACUUGUGCGUGAUGUGAAUAUUUGCAUAUCGUUAUGUUAUUCCUAUUAAUUUGGAAAGUAGAGGCUUAUCAGGUUAUUGUAGAUGAAAUAGCUGAAUAAUUAGCGACAUUUUUAAUUGGCUGCGCGUUAAUAUUUAUCGAGUAAGAAGAUUACAAAGAUAAGGUCAAAAGACUUUUGGAGAAUAACAUAUGUGUCGAUAUUGUUUGUAAUGUCAUUCUCAUACGGUCAUUUUAAUCAUCCUUCCGCUGUAAAUGGUUGAAUCUUAGGGAUUAGCAAGACGUAGUUACUUAAAAUGAGUGAGACUUCAUACUCGAAUUGCAUCUUUAGACUCUCUAAACGUAAAAUAACGGAGAGAUGAACAUCGAAUACCUGCAUCAGUAUUAUUAAAUUUAAGAAGACGAGCAUUCGAGACUUAAUCGACUCGUGAAGAACUUAAAGAAAGUCCUUCAUAGUGGUACUUAAUCCCUUAAGGUAGAAUAAUUCACGAUUCAAUGAUCGCGCACCACGUGUCCUUAUUUUCUAACCAUUUUUUCUCACAACAAUCAUUAUUAAUUUUAAUCUACUGCCAACACAAAUGACAGAAAAUUAAUUUUAGCAGUACAAUGAAACUCUUAUUUAAAAAAAAAAACACUUCGCCAUUCACUGCACUCUUCUACGAUUUCUAUUUUUUUUUUUUCAUUUUUAUUUUCAUUUCUAGUCUACUCUAUUUUCUUCCUUCUCUAUUAUCGUAAAAUUCAUAUAAUAUCUAAACUUCCCUAGGGUGACGUUGAAAAAAAUAACGACAUGUUUAUUAGAUGUCACUUUGCUACUUGGAUUCUGUAAUGGUUUAUCAUCUUCGUGAUUCUUCUCGUCUGCAUAACGAAAUAAUCCUCCUGGCACUUUAUUUAUACCUGUGUACAUAUUACAUCUAUUUUCUCCGGAGAUUAAAGUGUCUCUCCUCAAACGUGCGCGUAUGCGAUCAUCGGAGCUCUUAUAAGAAAUAUCCUUUAUAAUGUAUGCGUUUAUAUACCUAUGUCAUGUAUUACACGGUAUACCGUUAAUAAGUAAUAUAUAUUAGAGGCAAGUAUAUUAAUUUAUAUUAAUCUUUGAAUUACGCAAUCAAUAUUGCGCAACGUGAGUAAAAUGUGCCAAAGCGUAAGAUAGAGUGUCAUUGGCUUGACCGCGUCAGUAAUCGAGAAAGAUUCAACGCAAAAAAAAUUGUAAAUUUUAGUGGCCCUAAAAAUUUCGAUACUUUAGAAAAAAUUCGCAAGUUUUUCGAGAUAACGAAAACACCAGACAAUUAAUUUACGAAUUAACAAAAAAUUCCACUCGCUGAAAUCGAUACCUACGCCUUAGAUUGCUGAAACAUGAACACGACUUUUUUUUGAAAAAGAAUUGGAAAAUGAAUAUUUUAUAAAACUGAUUCGCUUUGAAAAUCUAUAAGACCUUUUGGCGCAUGUGAUAAUUGAAUCUAAAUCAAUAAAUCUAAAUAAAGUGAGAUUAAAAAAAAUAGUUUACAAUUGCACGAUCAGCUCCUUGAAUCUUUUUGACGGAUACGGUCAGCUGAUGUACAAGUUAGCCACAUAAGCUCUCCUUAAUAUAAGAAUUGUUCAUCAUUAAGAAAGAUCAAUAGAAAAGGAAACAUUAACGUCCGAUAUUUGUAAUAAAAUUCCGAAAAGAUUCUUCCUUCGUUUUUUCAGAAAAAUCGAUGAAACGUUUGAAACAAAUAUACUCGAUAGAACCUUAAUUCGAAUAAUCUUGUCAAAAUAAAACCUAAAUGUUUAGCGCAAAAAUACAAGGCGCGCGAAGUAUUUUUAAUUUAAACACUUAUCUUAAUCAUGGUUAUCUUGGCAUAAUUUUAAUUACUAUCAUUUAUGUUGAAAAAUUCUUUCAACGAAUAACACGUAUUCGUAAUUCUACAUUUAUUUUUAUUAAACCUCACAAAGAUCGAAGACUUUUUCGGAAUUUUAUUCAAUUAUUUGUUUUAAAUAUUUUCAUCGUUGUAAAUCAUUCGCAUUAAUAAUAGUCUGUCUAAUGUUAUCAUAAUAUUUGUCAUGAUCGCAAUGACUAUAGCUAGGAUAAUAAUCGCUGUAAUGAACGAUGUCGCUCAAAGUGCCGAAUAAAGAAGACGGACGCAA